GAUGAAUAGUUGUGAGAGCUAAACAAAGAUAAGCAUAGAGCGAUUGUAGCGACAUAUUAAAACGCGGAUAUAAUUGAAGAUAUUUUUGUCCGUUGGAUAGAGCUUGACUACCUAAAAUUCCUGAUAAUCAGGAAGUUAAUGGAGGGGAUCUGGUAGUCGUGCGUCUUGAGAGGAGGUUUUAUAGUUGGUGACUACAUGUGGAUAUCCGCCGGUCGCAUUUAUUCGUUUCUAUACGUUAAAUAAAGACGGCAUCAACUUGAAUUGUUCUGCGUUUUAUUAUUAUUAUUGCCUAUAUUGCACCAUCAAAUCACUAUUUUGUGGUAUUACUCAAGUUUAUAAAUAAUUAAAUUGCAAAUAUUUAAAUAAAAACGGGUGGUGAAAGAUGCAAAUGGAUCAGAUGACGGUGCAGCUGAUACAGGUCCUAGAGAAGACCGUAUCACAAGAUAAAAAUGAGCUGGAAGCAGCGCAACAUUUUUUGGAGCAAGCUGCUGCUACAAAUAUUCAUGAGUUUGUACAAAGACUCAGUGGGGUCCUGGGUACUCCGGCUGCCAGCCCGGUAGCACGUAUGGCUGCUGGUCUUCAAUUAAAGAACCAGCUUACAUCCAAAGAUCCAACCCUAAAAUCACAAUAUCAACAAAGAUGGCUCACUAUUCCUGCUGAAACACGAGAAUUUAUCAAAAAAAAUAUUGUAGGAGCAUUGGGAACUGAAAAUAAUCGACCAAGUUCAGCAGCACAAUGUGUAGCUUAUGUAGCAGUUGCAGAAUUACCCGUUGGUCAGUGGACCGAUUUGAUUGCGCUGUUAGUGAACAAUAUUGCCGAUCAAAAUGGUACCGAGAUGAUGAAAGAAGCAACACUGGAAGCUAUCGGUUAUAUAUGUCAAGAAAUUGAUAGUGAGGUUUUGGUAUCUCAGUCAAAUCAGAUUCUUACGGCCAUUAUUCACGGUAUGAGAGGCUCUAGUACCUCAAACAAUGUGAAGUUAGCAGCUACGCGAGCUCUUUACAAUUCUCUUGAAUUUACCAAGGGUAAUUUUGAGAUUGAGACUGAACGAAAUUUUAUUAUGGAAGUCGUGUGUGAAACAACGCAAUCAACUCACACGCAAAUACGAGUUGCAGCUCUCCAGUGCCUUGUCAAGAUCAUGUCACUGUAUUACCAAUUUAUGGAGCCUUAUAUGGGCCCUGCAUUAUUUCCUAUAACACUUGAAGCUAUGAAGUCAGACUCUGAUGAGGUGGCACUGCAGGGAAUCGAAUUCUGGUCAAACGUUGCUGAGGAAGAGGUUGAUUUAUCAAUGGAAGAGGGUGAAGCGUCGGAAGGAGGUAGACCACCAUCAAAAGUAUCACGGCACUACGCUAAAGGUGCUCUGAUGUUUUUGGUCCCAGUGUUGAUCCAAAAGCUCACAAAGCAAGAAGAAUUUGACGACGAAGACGAUUGGAAUCCAUCAAAAUCUGCUGGUGUUUGUCUAAUGCUUUUAGCUUCUUGCUGUGAAGAAAAUAUAGUACCUCACGUUCUUCCGUUUGUUACUGAAAACAUUAAAAAUCCAGAUUGGAGAUUUAGGGACGCUGCAUUGAUGGCAUUUGGUUCGAUUCUUGGCGGAUUAGAGCCAUCAACAUUGAAACCACUUGUUGAACAAGCAAUGCCAACUCUUAUUGAAUUAAUGUACGAUGUCAGCGUCGUAGUGAGAGAUACAGCUGCCUGGACAUUCGGUAGAAUUUGUGAAAUAAUUCCUGAAGCGGCUAUCAAUGAAACUUAUUUGAAACCGUUGUUAGAGUCACUUGCUAAUGGUCUACAUGCUGAACCACGAGUUGCUGCGAACGUUUGUUGGGCAUUCACUGGUUUGGCUGAAGCUAGUUAUGAAGCAGCUGAAAUUGAAAGUGGACAGCAGCCUGAAACCUACUGUAUGUCUGCAUUCUUCGAUUACAUUGUACAGAAACUUUUAGAAACAACAGAUCGUCCAGACGGUUCGCAGGCGAACUUACGAUCUGCUGCAUACGAAGCUCUAAUGGAAAUGGUCAAGAAUUCACCUCGAGAUUGCUAUGUAACUGUUCAAAAAACAACAAUGGUUAUUUUGGAGCGAUUACAGCAAGUAUUACAAAUGGAGAUACAUAUUCAGAAUCAUUCAGACCGCGCUCAGUAUCAUGAUCUCCAGUCGCUUCUCUGUGCUACUCUGCAAUCUGUAUUAAGAAGAGUAACACCAGAAGAUGCGCCACGAAUUUCCGACGCCAUCAUGACUGCACUUUUAUCGAUGUUCAGCUCGAACUCGGGUAAAGUUGGUGGAGUCCAAGAAGAUGCAUUGAUGGCUGUGUCGACCUUAGUUGAACAACUUGGUGAAGGUUUCUUGAAGUAUAUGGACGCAUUCAAACCGUUCCUCUGUAUGGGCUUGAAGAAUCACGCUGAGUAUCAAGUAUGCGGUGCUGCUGUUGGACUUACUGGUGACAUUUGCCGCGCUCUUAAGAGCAAAGUAUUACCUUACUGCGAUGAUAUUAUUACAUUGUUGCUAGAAAAUCUCAGGAAUAACACAGUCCAUCGCUCGGUUAAACCACAAAUUCUUUCAGUCUUUGGUGAUAUUGCUUUGAGUAUCGGCCCGGAAUUUAAAAAAUACUUGGAAGUUGUUUUGCAAACACUGGUUGAAGCCUCUCAAACAGAUGUCGAUCGUAACGAUUACGACAUGAUUGAUUACCUCAAUGAGUUACGUGUUGGUGUUCUUGAAGCUUACACCGGAAUCAUUCAAGGUUUCCGUGGUGAUGCUGAUGCUAAUCCAGAAACUCCGAAUCCUGAUGUUCUUCUCAUAGAACCUCAGGUACCUUUUAUCAUUCAAUUUAUCACGACAAUUGCUCAAGAUCGUGAACACUUGGAUGAAAGUAUGACGUCAGCAAUUGGUUUGCUUGGUGAUCUUGUAACUGUAUUUGGCGCAAAACUUCUACCCCUGGUUGAAACUGAACCACUUACUGAGCUGCUUAUCAAAGGUAGACGAGCACGUAAUAGUAAAGCACGGGCUCUUGCUAUUUGGGUCACUAAAGAAAUUCGCAAGCGCAAAAAUGCUGUUAAUUCUACGUCAAGUUGAUCGCCCCAUGAUUGUACUGUCGUGCGAAUUGAUUUGACUAGAAAGCUAUCGAACACAAUACAAAGACAACAAGAUUGGAUGGUGCGGAUGCGAGUAGAUGGAUGUGCGUGAGUUCCAAUGAUUAAAAUUAAAAAAAAAAAAAAAAA